AUGGGACCCAUCGCUGUGCCGGCUUCGCAGCUUCCAAAGGUCUUGAAAGUAACCACGAAGGUCAACGGCGAGCUUCGGCAAGAGGCUACAACAGAGGAUCUGAUCUUUAGCAUCCCAACGUUGAUCAAGACUCUUUCGGAAUCUCAGACACUUCGUGCUGGUGACGUGAUCGCAACCGGAACUCCUGCUGGCGUCGGUUUCGGCCUCAAGCCUCCUCAAUUCCUCAAGGCUGGUGACCUGGUCGAAAUAUCAGUGAGUGGCCUCGGAGUCCUCAGGAACAAGGUUGCAGCCGCCGAUACCACCAAUGCCGUCACACAACGUAUCUCGAGCGAGACCAGUCUUCCUGUCUCCAAUCUAUCACGGACGAGCGGUGGUCUCGGAUUGACUACCCUUGCGAGUGGCAAGCAACUCGACAUCCGAAAGACCGGCUCGGGAAAUCACCUUGUUGUCUUUAUACAUGGACUCGGCGGUGAUAAGUCCUUCUACACGUCGGAAAUCACAAUUUCAUCCCUCGCCGCUGAUCUGCACGACAUCAUGACACUACCGUCGCUAGCAUUGUCUUCCCACAGAACGACAAUAGUUGCGCACUCGAUGGGUUGCCUAGUCGCCACGCUCUUCGCGUCACUUCACCCAGAUCUAGUUCAACGCCUGAUUCUCCUCGGUCCACCGCCUAUCCCAGUUCCUGCUGGUGGCGUCAACGCCAGCGUUGCAAGGGCCGCCAAGGUACGGUCUGAAGGCAUGCGGGAGGUUACAGCCGCAGUCUCGACCGCCGCUACAUCCGAAAAGACGAAGGCGGAAAGACCUCUAGCUUUCGCUGCCGUACAAAUGAGUCUACUCAGCCAGGACCCGGAGGGCUAUGCCAAGGGCUGCACGGCGUUGGCGAGUGGUGGCACGCUUGACGCCGACCUACCAAGCAAGCUAGAUCAGCAGGAGGUGUUGGUGAUUGCUGGUGAGGAGGACAAGGUCAGUCCAAAGGCUUGGGCGGAGAAGCUCUCGGGGACUCUGCUGAAGAAUGGAAAGCUUACGGUGCUGCCGGAUGUUGGGCACUGGCAUUGUUUUGAGGACGUGGAUGGUGUGGCGCGGGCAAUUAAGGAUGUUCUGGUAUAG